UGGAAAUGGAAAUGGAAAUGGAAAUGCAUGAAGAGAAUAGUUCCUCACACCUCCAAAUGGGUAGAGACGCGAUCUACUGUGGUUUACGCGCUGCGCUCAUUCACGUUCAGCUCAUGGCGGAUGCUGACCCUUGGGGCGGAGUACGAGGACACCUGGGCCCUGUCCCCUACCAGGAGGAGUGGACCCAGACGCCAGCGAGCAGAGCGGGGACCGGGGAGGGUCCGGGUCACAUGGUCCACCUGCAUGAGAUGCACACCGACUCAGCUUGGCGUGGCAGAAUGGCUCAUUUCGCUGAUGAUCUCCCCACCCGCUAUGGAGGAGGCGCUGGCGGAGGUGGUGGAGGAGGAGGAGGAGGUGGAGGCGGGCGUGGAGCACCGGGUGCCGGCAGAGGGGGAGCCCGGGGUGGAGGCGCUCCGGGCGGCCAGAGAAUGUACAAACAGUCGAUGGCCCAGAGAGCCCGGACCAUGGCUAUAUACAACCCGAACCCUGUCAAGCAGAACUGCUUCACUGUCAACCGCUCCCUCUUCAUCUUCCGGGAGGACAACCUCAUCAGGAAGUAUGCCAAACGUAUAACAGAGUGGCCUCCAUUUGAAUACCUGAUCCUGGCUACUAUCAUCGCCAACUGCAUCGUCUUGGCCCUGGAGCAACAUCUACCUGCCAGUGACAAGACGCCCAUGUCGGAGCGCUUGGAUGACACAGAGCCCUACUUUAUUGGAAUAUUCUGCUUUGAGGCGGCCAUUAAGAUCAUCGCCUUGGGCUUUGCAUUUCACAAAGGCUCCUACCUCCGCAACGGAUGGAAUGUAAUGGACUUUGUGGUCGUUCUCACCGGAAUCCUGGCAACGGUGGGUUCCGACUUUGACCUACGAACACUACGGGCAGUGAGAGUGCUGCGACCGCUCAAACUUGUGUCAGGGAUCCCCAGCCUCCAAGUGGUGUUGAAGUCCAUAAUGAAAGCCAUGGUUCCCCUCCUUCAGAUCGGCCUGCUGCUUUUCUUCGCCAUUGUCAUGUUUGCCAUCAUCGGUGUGGAGUUUUACAUGGGCAAGUUCCACACCACCUGUUUCAACGUGGACACCGGUGAAAGAGCAGCAGAAUGGCCUUGUGGCCUGGAGCCCCCGGCCAGGUUGUGUCCUAAUGGGACCCAAUGCAGAGAAUACUGGACGGGACCCAAUUUUGGCAUUACCAAUUUUGACAACAUCCUAUUUGCUGUGCUUACGGUGUUCCAGUGCAUCACGAUGGAGGGAUGGGUGGAUAUCCUCUACAGCACCAAUGAUGUGUCAGGAAACACAUGGAACUGGCUCUACUUCAUCCCUCUCAUCAUCAUCGGCUCUUUUUUCAUGCUCAACCUUGUCCUCGGCGUCCUAUCAGGAGAGUUUGCCAAAGAGAGGGAACGUGUGGAGAAGAGACAGGAAUUCUUGAAGCUUCGAAGACAGCAACAAAUUGAAAGAGAGCUCACCGGAUACCUGGAAUGGAUCUGCAAAGCCGAGGAAGUGUUGCUGGAGGAGGAGGAUGAAAUCGCCGAAGAGAAAUCGCCUUUGGAUGGUGCGUGGUACAAGAGGAAACAAAACCUGCCGGUACUGAAACGAGGAAAAGCCAAGAAGGGUAAAAACGACCUGAUCGGUGCUGAGGAAGGCGAAGAUCCAUUCGCUGACAUCUCCUCCGUCGCUCCUCCCGGUUCUCCUUUUGGUCGGGCCAGUUUGAAAAGCAGCACAAAGAUGGACAGUUCGUCGUACUUUCGUCGUAAGGAGAAGAGAACCCGAUUCUUCAUCCGAAGGAUGGUGAAAGCUCAAAGCUUCUACUGGAUCGUUCUGUGCCUGGUGGGCCUAAACACGCUAUGCGUGGCCAUCGUUCACUACGACCAACCCGAGUGGCUUACAAGAGCCCUGUACACAGCAGAGUUUGUCUUCUUGGGCUUGUUUCUCACCGAGAUGACCUUGAAGAUGUACGGCCUUGGACCAAGGAAUUAUUUCCACUCCUCUUUUAACUGCUUUGAUUUUGGGGUAAUUGUGGGAAGUAUUUUUGAAGUGAUCUGGGAUAUGAUCAAACCAGGAGCAUCGUUUGGUAUCAGCGUGUUGAGGGCCCUGAGACUGCUGAGGAUCUUCAAAGUCACCAAGUACUGGAACUCCCUGAGGAACCUCGUGGUUUCCCUCCUCAAUUCCAUGAAGUCAAUCAUCAGUUUGCUCUUCCUCCUCUUCCUCUUCAUUGUUGUCUUCGCUCUGCUGGGCAUGCAGCUCUUCGGAGGACAGUUUAACUUCGAGGAUGAGACACCGACAACUAAUUUCGAUACUUUCCCAGCAGCCAUCCUCACCGUGUUCCAGAUUUUAACCGGUGAGGACUGGAAUGCUGUGAUGUACCACGGGAUCGAGUCUCAAGGGGGUGUGCGUCGUGGGAUGUUCUCCUCCGUCUACUUCAUUGUCCUCACGCUUUUUGGAAACUAUACCCUUCUGAAUGUCUUCUUGGCUAUCGCUGUUGAUAAUCUGGCAAAUGCGCAAGAGCUAACUAAGGACGAAGAAGAGCAGGAGGAAGCAGCCAAUAAGAAGCUGGCUCUGCAGAAAGCUUUGGAGGUGAAAGAAGUCAGUCCCAUGUCGGCAGCCAACAUCUCAAUUGCGGCUUUUGUAAAGCAAAAUCGAGAUGCACUCUCUCGCAGGUCGUCCAUCAACAGCAUUCAGUCACCGAGUUAUACUCUCUAUUCUUCCCCUGCCCGACGAAUCUUGAGCAAGGAGCAGCAGCGGGCCAACAAGACCAUGUCAAUAUGGGAGCAGAGGACGAACCAACUGAGGAGACACAACAUGAGAGCGAGCAGCGAGGCCCUGUUUAACGAGCUCGACCCCGAGGAGCGCCUCCGGGUGUCUUCUGCGCUGCAUCUUCAUCCUGACAUGAAAACUCACCUGGACCGGCCCCUGGUGGUGGAGGCCAAGAACGCCAACCUGCCCAGUAAGCGAGAAGAAGGACAGCAAGAUGACACGGGAGACAAUUUACAUUUGCAUAGCAGAAAACACCACAGACAUCGGGGCAGGAACGGCGACGGUCGGGAUGGAGGUCGACACCAUACCCAUCAUAGCAGGAGCAAAGAUCACCACGGCAAUGGGGCUCAGACCAAAGAGAGGAGAGGGGAGAGGAGUCACAGUCGGGAUGAGGGGCAAAGACGCAGACGGCAUCAUCAGGCUGGUUCCCCAGAAGAAGAGACCUCGGAUGUACGAGGAGGGGUGGAAGAAAGAGGGCAUCGCCAUCAUCACUCCCAUCGUACGCCAAAAGAGGGCAAUGGGGCUUUAGCCAACGGUGCACACGGAGAGCAUCGAGGUCGGGGAAGAGGUGGUGAAGGUAACGGACAGAGGAAAGGGCGUUGCUCCCAAAUGAUCAGAGCUCAGUCGACUCUGGAUGGAGAUGAAAGCAAAAAAGGCAAGAAAGGACAUAGGGAGAUGCAGUCUGAUGCUGAAGAGGAGGGUCUUACCACAAGUCCUCUACAGCCAAUGCAGAGUACGCUGAGUCUUGGAGACAAGCAAGAAGACGCGGACAACCAGAAAAACUCAACAAGAGCGAGCCAGGCCGGCCUUAACAGCAACACUAUUCACAUCCCUGUCACCGUUACUGCCCCACCUGGAGAGACCACCAUCAUUCCCAUGAACAACAUUGACUGUGAUAACUUCAAAAUAAAUGAAGAGAAGAAAGCUCUGCAAGAGGAUGACGAUAACAGACCUCGGCAGAUCCUUCCCUAUAGCUCCAUGUUCAUCUUCGGGCAAACAAACCCGGUGCGGCGGCUGUGUCACUACGUGGUCAACUUACGCUACUUUGAAAUGUGCAUCCUGAUGGUCAUUACCAUGAGCAGCAUCGCUCUGGCAGCUGAGGACCCCGUGCAAGCCAACGCACCACGGAACAACGUCCUCAAGUAUCUAGAUUAUGUCUUCACUGGUGUGUUCACUUUUGAGAUGGUGAUUAAGAUGAUUGACUUGGGACUUCUCCUCCACCCUGGCUCUUAUUUUCGUGACCUGUGGAACAUUCUUGACUUCAUUGUGGUCAGCGGAGCUCUUGUGGCCUUCGCCUGCUCAGGGACAAAAGGCAAGGACAUUAACACCAUUAAGUCCCUGAGGGUCCUCAGAGUCUUGCGGCCACUUAAGACCAUUAAACGUCUUCCCAAGCUGAAGGCUGUGUUCGACUGUGUGGUGAAUUCCCUGAAGAAUGUUCUCAACAUCCUUAUCGUGUACAUCCUCUUCAUGUUCAUCUUUGCUGUCAUCGCCGUGCAGCUUUUCAAAGGCAAAUUCUUCUACUGCACUGAUGAGUCCAAGGGUCUGGAGAAAGACUGCAGGGGUCAGUUUCUGGACUACGACAAAAUGGAACGUGGACGUGAUGUAGAAGCUCAGCCCAGAGAGUGGAAGAAAUACGAGUUCCACUAUGAUAAUGUUCUUUGGGCCUUCUUGACGCUUUUCACCGUCUCCACUGGAGAGGGCUGGCCUCUGGUGCUGAAGCAUUCAGUCGAUGCCACCUAUGAGGACCAGGGUCCCAGCCCAGGCUUCCGCAUGGAGACAUCCAUCUUUUAUGUGGUGUACUUUGUGGUGUUCCCUUUCUUCUUUGUCAACAUAUUUGUGGCUUUGAUUAUCAUCACCUUCCAGGAGCAGGGAGACAAAGCUAUGUCUGAGUGCAGCCUGGAAAAGAACGAGAGGGCUUGUAUUGAUUUUGCCAUAAACGCCAGGCCUUUGACAAGGUACAUGCCGGACGACAAGCAGUCCUUCCAGUAUAGGAUGUGGAAAUUUGUGGUGUCGCCGCCUUUCGAGUAUGCCAUUAUGACUUUAAUUGCCCUCAACACUGUGGUGCUGAUGAUGAAGUUUUACGGCGCUCCAGACAUAUACGAGUCCAUGCUGAAAUACUUGAACAUCGUCUUCACCGCUCUCUUCACUCUGGAGUGCAUCCUUAAGGUUAUUGCAUUUGGUCCACUGAACUACCUGAAAGCAGCUUGGAAUGUGUUUGAUUUUGUAACAGUGCUGGGAAGCAUCACAGACAUCUUGGUAACAGAGAUUAAGGACAAGAUGAUUAACUUGAGCUUCCUGAGGCUGUUCAGAGCAGCACGGCUCAUCAAACUGCUGCGGCAGGGCUACACAAUUCGCAUCUUGUUGUGGACCUUCGUUCAGUCAUUCAAGGCCCUACCAUAUGUUUGCCUGCUCAUUGCGAUGCUCUUCUUCAUCUAUGCCAUCAUUGGAAUGCAGGUGUUUGGGAAUAUUGAGCUGAACGAAGACACGGCUAUAAAUCACCACAACAACUUCCAGACUUUUUUCCAAGCUUUGACUCUUCUCUUCAGGAGUGCCACAGGUGAAGCAUGGCAUGAGAUCAUGCUAUCCUGUCUCAGUCAUCGGCCAUGUGAUAAACUCUCAGGAACUACAGGGAAGGAGUGCGGAAGUGACUUUGCCUACUUCUAUUUUGUCUCCUUCAUUUUCCUUUGCUCCUUCCUGAUGUUAAAUCUUUUUGUUGCCGUCAUCAUGGAUAACUUUGAGUACCUGACCAGAGACGCCUCCAUCCUGGGCCCUCAUCACCUGGAUGAGUUUAUCCGUGUGUGGGCCGAGUAUGACCCUGCUGCCUGCGGCCGCAUGCCAUAUCGCGAUAUGUACGAGAUGCUUCGAGACAUGUCCCCGCCUCUAGGUUUGGGAAAGAAAUGCCCGCCCCGCAUCGCCUAUAAGCGUUUGGUAAGGAUGAACAUGCCUAUUGCAGACGACAACACGGUACAUUUCACCUCCACGCUCAUGGCCCUGAUCCGCACAGCCCUGGAGAUCAAGCUGGCGUCCGGGGUUUUGGCACAACAUCUGUGUGAUAUUGACCUGAAGAGAGAGCUCAACCGAGUCUGGCCCAACCUGUCACAGAAGUCUAUUGACCUCCUGGUGACCCCACAUAAAUACAAUGAACUGACGGUGGGGAAAGUGUAUGCAGCUCAUAUGAUCUUUGAUUAUUACAAACAGAAUCGUGCCAAGAGACUCCAGCAGCAGAAUCCUUCAGGUGGACCUCAGAGUAAACUCGGGGCGUUGUUCCCUUCUAUACUUCCACUUGGUCACAAACAGGAAGUAGAACCCCCCAUGCCCAGUCCCAAACAGCUGCGGCCUUUGCAACCUGAAUCAGAGCCAAAGACGUCACCUCUGCCACCUCUUACAUCCACGACCAUCUCUGUUAGCAAGGACACAAUACUUGACCAGAGAAGUUCCAUAAAACAUUCCCAGUCUGGUGACGUUUCUCAGGCAGCACUGAGAGCGAAAGGUCGCAGGAAACUCCAGCGAGGACAGUCAGAAGAUGUGCCGUGUUCCAUAAGGCCUCAGGAAGCUGUUGAGAUGAAGCCAGUUGAGGAGAACAUCUCAGACACAGAGGGACAUCGUGGAUUGGAAGGUCAAGGCAGAGCAACGUCUCUGCCUCGACUUAAUGCUGAGUUCUACCGGAGCCACUCUCGCCACGCCCCUGGGACCCACCUGGCACCAAUUGUGGACCUCAGUCCUAUAAGACGAUCCGCUUCCUCGUUGACCCCACAGCACAAGCAGGAGGUCCUUCUAAAGGACUACAACCUGACACGGCCAGACCACCCUCCAUCAUCGAUACGACCAGGCCCGGUCCAGGGCCAGGACCGAGCACAUCAUCAUCAUCACCACCACCGCUGCCACAGACGCAGGGAUAAGGAAAAAGACAAAAAGCAGAAGUCUCUUGAUAGAUCAACUUCUGUACAGCAACCGAGUACUGUUGGCUCCUUCACUGACCCUUCAGCUGAAGGUUUGUCCAGGGAGCGAGCGAGGGAGCGUGAUCGCAGCCGCCAUCACGAGAGGAGGCAUCACUCCUCUGCAGGGGAGCAACGCUACUACUCGGAACGUUACAGCUGCAGGGAGGCGUGUCAUGCCAAGUCAGCCAGUCCAAGCCGAUCCACAUCUCCAGGAGAGGGACAAGACACCGGUGUCCUUAAACAACAUGGUAGCACUGGGGGUAAGCCGGCCCCCUCUGGUUCAAGCACACCCGGCCGUGGUCGCAGGCAGCUCCCCCAAACACCCCUCACCCCUCGCCCUGCAGUGGCCUACAAGACUGCUUCGUCCUCCCCUCUGCCGUCAGCCGCCAGCACCAGUAUAGCCGGGCAUCAGACUCGUGUCAGCCGUGGCCUUUCAGAACACGAGCGCUUGCAGGGGGACAAUGACCUGUCCCCGGUACCGGUCACCUGCAUUGGUUCUGACCCCAAUAUAAGCCUACAGGGAACUUCUCAACAAGCGGUCCUCGAAGAAACCGAUGACUUCCAGGACGCCGUUAGCAGUCAACUGUUGUCACACACCGCCAGAGCGGGCACCUCCGCUACAACCUCUGCUUCCCACGAAAGUGCUGCUGUGCCCGUCACAGCGGCGGCCGCACAAGGCCGCGCUGAUGUCAUACCGAAUGGCUACCACUUCACCUUUGGAGUCAACUCGGCGUCCAACGGCAGAGGAACAGGGAGCCUCAGGGAGAGAGAGGAGGAGGACUGGUGCUAACAUGCUCGGGUAGAAGAAGAGAGGUUUUUCCUGUCCACUGAUGAAGGAGCCGGCCGUCCACGUUGCUCAGCUCAGUAUGCUUGAGCUGGUCAGAGGCCAGCAGCCUGAGACAGUGAGAAAGUGGAAAGAAGCCAAGUUGAAAGUGCUGAAAAAGGGAGAUUCAUUCCAGCUUUCUAUUGUUACUCUCCGUCAUACAUCAUUUCUUGUCGAAGGAAAACGAAAGCUGACUUGUUCAACCCCUUAACUUGCACUGAAGUGAUAGCACAUUUGAAGACCCUUCAGUAUUUUCGUCUUGGUCUUAGUGUUGGAUGAGACGAGAAGCCAAAACCUUGGUGUGACAGUAUGGAUAAUGUUAAAAAAUCAUCUGAACCGCCUCAUUGUUGAUCUCAAUGGAUGCCCACAUGUUUUGUUUUUUUUUAUCUUUGCUUCAUCCUAUACAUUGGGACAAAUAAGUAUUUGAUCCCCUGCUGACGAAUAAGUUCCUUACAAAGAUAUGCAGUGGAACCAUCUUACGUCGACCAACUCGUCAAGUCUUAUUACUAAAAAGCUGCCAGCUUAUGUCGAGUUGACAUAUACAGUCAACCGCUUUUGUCGACAUCGGGUCAUUUCUAUGAAAAAUGGGUCUGUUUAUGUUGACGUGUGUUGCAGUAUUGUUAUCGCCAUUGACUUCUUCAGUGCAAAGAAGGCUUUAAAUGGAUUCCACCAUAGCAACUAACCAAAAAAAUUGUUGGACAUCCGAAGAAAGAUUUGGGACCUAUGGGAGAUUUAUCAUUGUAGUCAAGAUAUCGCAUCAGCCAAUCUGAGGAGCGUCAAAAUUCCUAGGGCACUGAAUCGACAACGUUUCAGUUGUUCAGUUUUUUCUUAGAAAAGGUUUCACCUCUCAUCUGAGCAGGUUUCAUCAAUUCAUGCUAGGAGAAACACCAAUCUGACUAGGUAGGACUGCCCUAAUCUGUGGAGAAACAUAAAAGUGGAGAAGUGGAGAAACACCAUCACCAUCUCACCAUUGGACAGCCACCUUGGUAUCAGUCAUGUCCAAGACCAGUACCACUCCAUUGUAUCCUAGACAUACCACUACUUUUAGAGGACAAAUACUAGAGUUGUCCUACCUAGUCAGACUAUUGUUUGUCCCACAAUGAGAGGUAAUGGUAAUGGUAAUGGUUUUAUUUCAUUUGAACAUGCAUCAGAUUACAAUUGAGUGCAUCCCAUAAUCAGUUCACAGUUCCACAUGUCCAAAAGGAGUAGGAAGAAGCAAAGCUUAUUAAAUCCUACCCCUCCAUCUGGUACUUUUACAAUCAGUAACUGUUACAUUUGUUCACUUCCUGCUUUCCAUAAUACAGUUAUUUUUUUUUUUUAAUAACGUACCUUGUACCGAAGUACGAGGUGAUAUGACCAUACAAUGACAUAAUGUGUACCAUAGUAAGUGUCAAUAUAGUGAUAUAUAUAGCACAUCAUGACUGGUUCAAGACUCUUCAUCCUUGUAUUUAGGAAACAUCAACCGCUUGUUGAGAGGUGAAACGUCAUCUAAGACAAACCUGUACAGUCUAUUUGCGAUCAUUACCAAGUCCUGAGAAUGCAAUGACCUGGAUGAAUGAGAAUAAUCAUAGGAUUGAGGGAAAUUAAUAUUUGCUCCUAAAGCAAAACAUUGGUAAGCACGGUGGUCAGAGUUUUCUUGUAGUUGAUAGUGAUAGCUGCCAGUGAAGGUUUAGCAAAGUCCAGUAGAUCUAGGUUGGACAGCUAAGCCUGGUUUAUUGGAAACUACAGAUAAACAGACACGAUUUGUAUUCGUAUUUGUUCGAGCCUAUAUGGCCUUGUUGGUCAUGCAUCAUGUUGUCGAUGACGUACCUCAGCAUUUAUUUACAACAGGGGAAAAAUAUUCCAUUCCUAAUAACUUUGAGUCCAGUUGAUGCCAAAGUAUUUUGCCAUUGGUUAUCAUGGUUAUCAUGUUUGGUCCUAGGACCCUGGAGAUUUUUUCCAUUCUGGGCUGACCCCCCCGACCCUUUUCAGAAUGAUCUUUACACCACUCCAGAGUGUUUCUGGGAUUGUUAUCUGGGAUUUCUUCCAUUUCUAAAUGAUUGCGCCGGCAGGGGUCUCUUUUUCACCAGGCUUCUUGCUGAAGGGUCAAGACUAUAAACAGGACAUAAUGGGUCAGAAUUCAUACUGGUCGGUAAAAGAUCACAUACUUAUAUCCAUCAAUCAAAUACUAAUUAUUGUCUUUUAUAUUCUGUUUCUCCACCCUCGGCCAUCUCUGUGUGGAGUUUGCAUGUUCUCACGGGUUUUCUCCGGGUACUCUGGUUUCCUCCCACAUUCCAAAAACAUGCUAGGUUAAUUGGUGACUCCAAAUUGUCCAUAGGUAUGAAUGUGAGUGUGAAUGGUUGUUUGUCUAUAUGUGCCCUGUGAUUGGCUGGCCACCAGUCCAGGGUGUACCCCGCCUCUCGCCCAGACAUAGCUGGGAUAGGCUCCAGCACCCCCGCGACCCUCGUGAGGAUAAGCAGCAGAAAAUGAAUGAAUAAAUAUUCUGUUUCUCUCUGGUACAUGCUAAUGUAUUUCCAGCCAGUGUAUCUGUGCAGAUGUAGCUUGGUUAACUUAACUUCCUGAAACCUGAUGAUUUAUGCUGGAACUCGAGCUCACAAGCUAGGUUUUUAGCUCGACAGCCAGCGCUCUCGCUGUCGAGCCCAGAGUGGAACCAGUCGGGUUAUACUACCACCAAAAAAUUCUGGACUGUUCAUAUCUUUGUAAGGAAUCAAAUACUUGUGGAUUUAAAAGGAACUUUUCUGCCAUCACUUAUGAUGAAUACCACUACCAACAGUUCAAAGAGCAACUUCCAGGGAAUCGAAACAAACGAGCCACUUUCAUGGUCACGUUUUGUUCAAUUCUUUGUCCCACACGGGGGCAAGGACAACAAUUUUACAACAACAUGUGGCCGAAUACUAAGUGCCUCAUUUUACAAGAUGUGUGUCCAUCCAUCUUCUUUAGUGGCUGGAGUGGGCUGAACACGCAGUCAAGCAUGUAACUAUGUACACAGUUAAGUGGACAACAUAAAGUGGUUGCAACUGAGUCAUUGCAAAAAAAAAAAUAUAUAUAUAUAAUUGUUUUAUACACUGAAUCUUGUACUUUGAAUCCAAAUGAAAGAUGCAAAGUCAGUAAUGUAGUGCAUGCCGAGGUCUUGAACAUCAUAAAAUGGUUUCUGUACAUUUACUAAAGGGUGUGCGCUAAGCAUUUGCCUUUUUCUUCCAACACACUGCCAGUCCAUUGGUAGGAAAAAGUCUGCAAAAGGAUAAAAGUGCCAUUUUGAAAAUAGCAUAGCAACACAAAAAAAGUCCUCCUCUAUCAAAAGUGAUGAUCAUGGAUUUGUUAGCAAUGUUUAUGUAUCUACAUAAACACGUGCAUUCAAGACAUUCAAGUGCGUUCACCUUGAAUUACAAGUGGUCCUCGGUUUACGAUGGUCUGUAGUUGGGGACCCAUUCCCGUACAUGAAAUUUAGUCCAAGCAGCAGUUCACUAAAAAAGGAAAUAAACAUCAUAAAAAAGAUCACCAAUAUUGUCCGCUCUUUGGUCCUAACUGCACAAGUGAACCAUAAGUCAACCAUUAUUGAGGAUGAAGGUAAUUGAAUGAAUGCUUGACGAGUCAUGGAUUCUGUGCGCUGUUGCAAUCUGGGGAGGAGUAAAGGAGGAUAUUCUUCCAUUCUAGCCUGAGAUCAUAUAUAUUUUUUAAAAACCAUUACAACUACAGUCAUAAAGUAUUGAAUUCUUUCGUUAUUCCUGUUUUCAUAUCAUUCUUGAUGGACACUAAAACAUGGCUUCCCUCACCGGUUAGGGCCAGAACUCUUACAUAACCCGAGGACCACUUGUUGUAUGAAUGUUGACAUAUGACACCUACAAUAUAAAAGUAUGUUGUUUUUACUUGGAGUCAGCAAAAGUUGAGUUUGUUUUAUUGGUGUGCAUCUGUCCAGACCUAAAACAAAGAUUCCAGUAUCUUUUUUUUCCACAUAUGAAAUAUUAGCUUGAUUCUUUAAAAAUGAUCACGUUGUUGACUCGUGUGUCACUGUAGAGUGAAUAUGUAACACGCAUGAUACUAAGUCCUCUACGGGUUUCUCCUCCGGCAACCGUGGCUGUGUUGUUGCUAAAACGAUUCUAGCUUUUCCACUUUAUUUACUGGCAGAUCACCCAGAUCUCAGGGUAUUUCAGUCACACCAUAGCCGAGUCGUUUUAGUGAUCCAGAUAUUUGUCUCCAUGCAUCACUCAGUGACUGUUAGCCUGCAGAGAUACAUUCUGUAACAGAGAUGGAUCACUGCAGGACUUUGGAACUGUACCUAGAAAAUGUCUGCCCCACAAAUGGAUGAGGUCUUGGCUCAGACUUAUCAUGUUAAGAUUGCUUUAUCAUCAUUUAUUUUAACUCAGAGUUCAAACUUGUGAUAGUUCAGGACAUGUUUGCCAGACAUCCAACUGCCCCUUGCCCCUCCUGGGUCUGGAAGCAAUUAUUGUUGACGUUGUUAUGUUUUUUUUGGCAUUGUAGCUUUUUAGGGUGAAUCCUUUGGCACAGUCGCCGCAUGGUGUGUGAUAGGAAAUGAUGAGUGUUGUAUCAAAAUCCUUACAUUUCGAGUGGGUCUCUAUAUAAACAGAGAUUUGUACAGACUAUUGCCAUUAAAGGCAAACUGACUUCCCCAGAUGCUUUUUACACUGGAACUCAUUUAAAUUGAUCUAGGAUGAUCUCCUAUGUGAAAUACACAAAUGCAUCAGGACCACGCAGUGGGGUUUACUUCUGUAAACACAAGACACCGUGUGUGGUAUUGUGUUUUGUGUGUAUCACGUUCUCCCCGUGUAUGCGUGGGUUUUCUCCGGGUACUCCGGUUUCCUCCCACAUUCCAAAAACAUGCUAGGUUAAUUGGCGAUUCCAAAUUGUCUAUAUGUGCCCUGUGAUUGGCUGGCGACCAGUCCAGUGUGUACCCUGCCUCUUGCCCAAAGACAGCUGGGAUAGGCUCCAGCAUACCCGCGAACCUCGUGAGCAUAAGCGGUAGAAAAUGGUUGGAUGGAUGGAUUUUUUGGUAAUAAAAAGACCAUAUUUCAACAAAAAAAAUCUGCAGUAUAAGUCAUAGUCCACCAUGUUCUUCUUAUUACUAAAAAGUGCCUGCUUAAGUCAGUACCAACAUACGCAGUCAACCACUAGUGUAAAGACAAUAAAAAUAAGAAAGAUGGGCAAAAUAUGUUUUUCCCAGGAAAAACGGGAGGUUUUAUAUAAUGUGAUAGUGUUAACAUUAUUAUUUGAUUACCUUCAAAGCAUAAUGCAUGUCUUUUGUAAUUUCAACAAAAUAGUUUGGUUCCUACAUAGCUAGCCGGCGAACAUGUUAGCUUGCCACUUUUGGAGGGAAUGGAAGUUUGCUAACGUUACCAAUCGAUUCCUGAAGCUAGUACUCAACAGUGCUUCACAAACUUACAUUUUAUCAACUAUAUGAAGCUUUAUAUAAAAAUAUAAAGUUAAUUCUACGGUAAACAAAUAGUGGGUAUGUAACAAAAAUUCGUCUUCUCAGAUGAAAAGUGCAGUCCGAACAAAGUAAGUUCGUGGGCGGACACAACAUAACAUAACCCAACACAACAUAAUGGGAAUCGCAACCCAGCAGCUAAUAACAUAGUACACUCAAAAAAUAAAUGUUUAGCCUCAACAAAAAAAAUCAACUCAACAGUUUCCAUUAGUCUUUCUUAGUUAGGACAACUUAAUUUGAAAUUGCCUUGAACCAAGAAACAAUAUUGCAUUGCACGAAUUAGCUUUUAGUCUUCACUCAAAGCUUAUUUUAAGUAAUGCUUACUGAAUAAUUGUUGUCAUGGGGACAAGUUUUUAAGUUCAUAACUCAAAAAAAUAUGUUAAGUCAACUGACUUAAUCAUUUUAUUCAAAGUAGUUUAAUUUGUUGUCUACUUAAUUAUAAUAACAAUGCACACAGCUUUUUAAGUAGCAGCUUGAUUUACUUGAUUUAGCUAGCAGAAUUACUGUUGCAACGACACAUCAUCAGUCGGGUAAAACUAACCUGUCUCAUGACGGUCUAAUCCCAGCUCACGUUCCAUAUUAGUGGGUGAACAAUCCAACGCUUGGUGAAUUCUGCUUCACAAUGAUAGGAAGAGCCGUCAUCGGAGGAUCAAAAAACGACGUCGCUAUGAACGCUUGGCCGCCACAAGCUAGUUAGCCCUGUGGUAACUUUUCUGACACCUCCUGCUUGAAACCCAAAAAGGAUUUAAGUAGCAGUAACUUUAUAUAUAUAUAACUUUAUAUAUAAUUUUUUUUUUUUUUUCAGAAAAAAUGUGGCUGUAACAGCUGCUGUAGGUAGCAGUUACAUGUCUAAACUAGCUCAGGGGAAGAAUACAACUAAGAUGUGCUAACAGUGCUAUAGAAGCUAGCAGUCGCACGGUUAAACAACCUAAAUUUGACUUUUCUCAAUGAAAAUCUACUGUGACUAAUUUAAACCCAUCACUUCAGUAGAACAAUUAGAAAUACAUUUACAAAUACAUACAUACUCACCAUGAAAUGUUGGUCCAGCCUCCUGCACUGUCUUAAAAUGGAAAAGGUUAAUGUUGAGAAAAAUGAUGUUACCAAGCUAAUUCCAUAAAGUCAUGGCAACUUGAAUUUUGUUUUAAACUUACCAACAAUAAAAUUUGAGUGUAUAUGACAUGCUAAAUUAAGUUCAUGUAAGUUUAUCUAAAUCAAUUAAUUGCAUUUUUUACAUUGCAUUUAUGUAUUAAAUCAAGUGGUGUCAACAGAUACUCUGAAUUACUUUUUAAAGUAUACCCAACAGAGAUAACCCAACAAAUCGGGUUCUCAGAAUACCCAAUUCAAUAAAAAUAACCCAAUUAAAUGACCCAACAGGCUCAACCCAGCGGUUGGUUUAAAAAAAUAACCCCGCAUUUUUUUAGAGUACUAUACGUAGGACCAAAAAUGUUGAGGUUUUAAGGUGUUUUUGUUAUUGUGCAUGUCUGAAAGCAUGGUCAAUGUGUCUACUCAAUAUUGUCUUUUUACGAAUGUAUGUGAUUUUUAUUCCAAUAUUGGCAAAAGUCACGUGUCUGUCAGUCAACUUAAACGAGUUCCACUGUAUUAUUGCGUUGUGUUUAUUUCCACUUUGGGCCGUUUGAUUGGUGCCAGUAAUCAAAUCCGUCCCCUAAACGGCAUCAACCAAGCUCACUUUUGAAGGGUAGUUCUUGGAUGUUCCACUGUGCCCUCAUGGUAGAAUCUUGGUAAAGGUUUGCCAUGUGUGUUUUUUUUCCCCCCGACUGUGUCUGUAAAAUAAAAUCUUGGACCUAAUAGUCAUGUAUUUCAAAUAAAAAAUAAGAUUGUGGAGCGGCUGACUUGGCUACUAUUCCCAGAUCAAUUAACAGCCAUCAUGAUAACCAAGACCCCAAAUGAAACUACAGUAAAAAGUAACGUCUGGUGUCAAAAUUGGUAUAAUGAUAAACUGUGAGGAUGUGUUGGACUUGUGCUUUUAAUGUUUUCCAAAUCUGUUUUCAGACCUCUAACUUGAACAGGGUGCCAAAGUUCUUCAAAUAUGUUUACUCUGGCUUCUUUCAACAUGUCUUAUUUGCAUGUUCUGACAAAUGUGCAUGUGCAAAAAAAAAAAAAAAAAGGGACAAAAAUGCAUUGUUACUUGUCUACCAUUGUUUUUUUUAAUACAUUUUGUUGUAUUUCUGAUACUCUACACACUCAAUGUGUAGAUGACCUGAACUUGAAUAACAGUCACAGAACCUGCCCCCCCCCCCCCCCGUCCCCCCGUCCCCCCCCCCCAACAAAUGUGGAUAUGCUCUUGCAGAUUGGUUCUAAAGUGGCUCAAUCCUUCGCUGCCUGAUCUGUUACAUGACUGUCUCUUGCACAGUCAUACUGUAUACUGUACCUAAAGAUUUUGUAGUAUAAAGUAUACAUCCUUGAAUA